AAGUCAGCGUUGCAUAUUGUGGGACUUGCUGUAAUUUCAGUUUACGAUAAUUGAGAUGAGUCACAAAUUAUUGCACUGUGGUCUAAACUUUGACACCACUAAAAUGGACACCUUCAUUUAUACAUCCAUAUAUGUAUGUAGAGUGAAAAGCUUCCAGUAUUCGACCGACUCUGGCUUCUUUGUUUCACUCGGUAUAGCAAUAAUUUCGUUUUUUUUUCAUUAUUUAUACACUCUUUAUAACACAUUUAUCUCGUUGUGUUUGAUUUCGAAGAUUUUCACUUAGUUUAUUUUCAACAACUUUUGGCUUUGUUUCAUCAGCGAGUGUAUGUGAGUGUGUGUGUGUUCGUGUGUGAGCGACUGUUCUGAGAGCACCUUCAUGCUGUGUGCGUCGUGCAAAGAAUUUCUUUGUAAACUUUACGCUCACGCAGACAGCAAGAAAAUGCUGCGAAGAAAUUGAAAAGCUCGCCAUUGCUGAUUAUUAGUAUAUGUAUACAACAACAGUAAAGCGCAUGAGUGUAUAUGUGUGUGUGUGUUUUACGUGUUGCUUACGACACUAUCGCAAUGCUCUAUUGCCUUUGUUUGCUUUUACUUUUGCUUUUGCUUGGUGAUUUUUGUUAAUGUUUUUGUUUUUGUGUUUUUGCUUCAUUCUGUUUUUUCUUCUGUCUUUGCUUGUUUGUUGGUGCUGCUGCUUCUUCUUUCGCCGCUGCUUUGACGUUGUGUGAUUUGCUUUUAUCAAUUUCGUGUUAAAAAUUGUGCAAGUCAAAAAUUAAUUCAAAACGUUCGUAGUUCCCCUAACGGUAAGACGCGCUAGCGUUGUGCCACGAGUUGUUGAAAUAAAUUUACGAGAAUAUACCAAGUGACUAGACUAGAUGCUGGCGCACAACGCAAAAAAGGUGCAAAAAAUAAUAAAUUAUUGCUAAAUUGAAAACGGGAAUUUUUUAAUACUGUAUUCUUCUGCGAAAACUGUUGUCUCAUGCCGUAACGUAACGCUGCCAGCGUAAAGUGCAGAACGCUAUAGAAAUCACAUUCUAUAAGAAAGCAUAUUUCUAUUGUGAAUUACACAAAAUCAUAUGUAAAUAGCACAAAUUUUUCUCCGAGAAAGUGCAAAGUUCGCAGAGCAGGUUAAUUGCAGUGAACUUUGUGUGUGGCGUGAAAAAUUGUUGCAUGCGAAAAAAAAUUUUUUUUACAAAAAAACAAACAAAAAACUUGUGUAAGGCCCUUGCCAAGUCUGGUCGCAGUCAGCGCACAUUUGUCAUUAAUAAAUGCAUAACAACAACAAUAAUAACAAUAAAAAACAAAAUUUAAUAAAACACAAAACGAAUUUGUGGUGUCAACAUCAGUCAGCCUGUAGUAGUCAUCAGUCAUUGGACACAUUGUUGUUGCUCGACUAGAAUUUGUUGAGUUCUUACUAUAAAAAAGUUGAUAUAUUGACAAAUGUUUGUCUGUCUUCAUAAUAACAGUGCAAAGUGAAAGCUCUUGUUGGCGUGUAGAUGAAGAAAGAAGAAUUCUUCAAGAAUUUAAAUAAUAAUAAUAAUACAUAGCGGUAAAAAGUGUUAAAGAAUGCAAACAUAAGAAAGUUGAAAUUAAAAUUACUUAAAAAUAGAAUAAAACUUCUUAAAAACAACAAUAACAACAAGCAAUAAGAAAACAAACGAAGAAAGCGUCGCUUAAUCAACGCAACGGCUUCGCUGCUUAUACAUUGUCUAAAGGUUGAGACUUGUUUUGUUCCGUUUCCACAACGUUUCGGGUGCAUAUAUAACACUGUUGACAUACAUAAUACAGACGACGCUGAACUUUGAGAUCAUCAAUGUAAUUUCAUUUCAGUAUACAGUGCAAAUGUAAACAAAGGCAGUGAAGGUGAUACAUAAAAAAAGAAGUGACCAAAGCUUGCGCUUGUGCUUAAAACGCAGUAAGUCUUGUGAAAGCAGUGUUGAAGCGAAAUAAAAAAUAAACUGCAAAAACAGCAACCGCAUAAACACACUCAUAGAAUUUUCGUAGAAAUCCCUAAAAUAAUUGCGCUGACGUCAGGCCGAGUGGCGCGACAACGUGCGCACCAACACCAACAAACAAACAUACACGGACACAACUAUCUAGUUGUUUGUAUGGAUUUGCACUUGUUUUGCGCAGAAAAGCCAACAUUUAAUAAUUUGUUAAAGGCAUAAGUGCAAAUAAUUCAUAAUAAAUGCCAAUAACUGUUUAAAACGUGUCAAACGAAAGUUAGUAACAACAAAAAUAAAAAAUAUUACAAAUAAGUGCGAAAAAGAAAAAGCCACUCGCCAGUUAUUCAGAAUUGAUUUUGACUUGUGGUGUUUCAUGCUGGUUUUCUGUUUGCGAAAUGCACUCGAGUUGUUAAUGUUAUUGCAAAUUUGUGACGUGUAAAUAAGGCGACAAAUUAACACGAUUAUAUUAAUUUUUCUGACGUAGAACAGCGCGAUCGUCUAGCCACAAUUGAAGCGACGCCGCUGCAGAGAAAAAUCAAAUAAUUCGCAGAGCAACGCUAAAUCGAUAAAUAAACGCAUACUAUGUACAAAUUGCAAAUUUGCUCAAAACAAAAACAACAAAAAUCAACAAAAUUAAUUAAACGACCAAAACAACAACAACACCAAAAACAAGAGCCACCGCCUCUAACCACACGCAAACUACAACAACAAUUGCAGCGGAAAAUACGUGCAACAAAAAUAACAACAACAACACAAUUUGCCAGUAAACUUGCAAAACGAACAAGUUCGGGCAAUUACUGCAACAACAACAAGCAAUUACUUUUAUAUUCCGUACAUUUGUUAAAUAAACGCCGCGUAAACGCUGCCAUCGCUUAUCGGCAACAACAAUUGUGCGCGUUUAGCAAUUUAUUGCAUUUGAUCACACAUUUCCUGCAAAGCGGACGUGCUCAUCUGCUGAUCGGGCACUCUGCGAAGUUGAGAUAUUUUAUCGAUUACACAUAGCGAAGCGAUAAGCGCGCGUGGCGAUCGACGACAGUGAUCAGCAGCGGCAGCAGCAACAACAACGACGCAAUUGGAAUAUUGUUUUGUGCGAACGUCAACGGCCCCGUUAAUUAACGGCAAAGCGCAAGAAAAAUAUAUAUUAAAAUAAAUCAAUUUGUUUUCCUAGAAAUACAAAGAAAACUCAGCAGCGCAGCAGAGCGCUUUCGCGAAACAGAACGAAACGAAACGCAUUGGAACACAGUGAGAACGGCACACACAGCGGCGCCAUGAAUAUCGAUAGUCCGAUUUUUGUGCCGCGCAAUAGCGCGCCAAUGACCGCCACGCCGGCGGCACAGCUCAAGGUGGCCGCGGUGAUGGACCCUAAUGCGCCCAAAUCACCAUUGGACACCAGCAGCAGCAACAACAUUAUGCACAACAACAAAAACAAUAUGAACGGCUAUUGGCCUUUCUUCAACAAUGCCACGGCAUAUUAUCCAUGCGGCGGCCUCAACAGCAAUUACUUGCAAUUUUGCCAGCAGCAACAACAACAACAUCAUCAGCAGCAACAAUAUUUGCAACACUUGUUGCAGCGUCAAAGAACUUUGCCGAACUUUCACCAUCACCAUCAGUGGAUGCAGAGGAAAAAUUUAAAUGGCAUAAUCGGCCAGCGACAACAACAACAACAACAGCAGCAACAACGUAAGCAAACAACAAUAAAAAUGUCGACAGAAAUGUCAACACAGCAGAAUCAACAGCGUCGCAAGAAGCAGAAAAUACAACAACAAGCCUUGCAACAGCAACAACAACAACAACAAAUGCCGGAAGAACAGCCAAAUCGACAGCAACUACAACAACAACAAGAACAAGUGAAUAUGACAAAUAUACCGCUUGUGAUUAAAACAACUGAAACGCUUUCGCCGCAGUUAACAGUUGCAACAACAACAACAACAACAACCACUUUACCAGACGCGUUGUUGUUGUUGUCUACAACGGCAGACAUUAUCAACAUUAAUAAUGUUGUAAACGACAAUAAUUUGAGCAGCAAUAACAACAAUGUUAACGAUAAAAAUACAAAUUCGAACAACAACAACAACAACAACCACAACAAAGUGGAUGAAGAUAUCAAUAUGACAACACUUGCAGUAAUAAGUAACGGUACAACCGCAUUAUUGCCACAUCAAUCAACUCAAUUAGCUGAGGAGGCGGAAAUUUCCAACACAAAGAAAGAUGACACUGUGCAACGUAAUGGUAGCAGAGUUGGUCAACAAAUACGUAACCCUAGAUAUUAUCAGCAACAACAACAACAACAGCAAAAUAGUAGCAAUACACAAUUGAAUGCUAAAACUGAUUCAUCCGAUUCGGGUAUUUCUACAAAUGGACGUCAUCAACAGCAACAACAACAUCAUAAUCAUCAUCAUGCGCAUCGGCAAUCACAGCCACAGCAACAUAAUCAGAAACAACGUAAAACGCGUUUGAACGCUAAACGUCAGGAAAAUAAUACCACAACAAUAACAACAACAACACAAAAACGUACAACCGAAUAUACGGUUGAUGAUUGGUUGGGUCGUGAAAUGGUCUACUGUUACGAUCAUCGGUAUAUAUCUUCAUGCGCCGAAGACAAUAUGUUGGCCGCGCGCCACAAUCCCGCACAUCGUAACAGCACCUCGAGCGAUGCGGCCGCCAGCGAUGACCUCAACUCCAGCUCCAGCAAUGAAGACUUGAGCGCCGUCUACGCGGUGAUGUCGCAACCGGAUAAGAAAGCUGGCAAUAAGGCGCGCCGCAAUCGACAGCAGCGCCGCCGCAAGCGUCACGAUGAGCAGAGCGCCAACGACCAACUUCAAGCCAUUCCCAUGGAUGUCGAUGAGGACAGCAAAGAGAAUCGACGUCCCGCACAGCAGCAACAACAGCAACACCAACACCAACAGCAGCAACAACAAACAGCAAAGGCCACCAGCGUUAAUUUGCGUAAGCAGUGCACUAAAGCAGCUGCUUUGAAGGCGGUCAAUAAGCACAACAACAACGGCAACAACAACAAUAAUUCUAAGGUUAAUGGCGGUGCACACGCGCUCACCAAUUCAGCAUCGAACUCAUCAGUAUGCAGCGCACUCUCCUCCGCAUCAUCCACCUAUUCGCUCUCAUCUUCGGCCUCGAGCACUUCGUCGGCCGCGAGCUCACCCACCAAUUCGGCAAAUUGCUCACCCACUGCCUCGCCCACCGCCAGCAAGCGUAAUGCGGAGAAUUUCCGCAAGAUCGCACGCGCACUCGCACCACCGUUGCGUCAGCACACCAAACUGAAUAUGUCGGAGCCGGAAUUGGUGCAGCAGUUGCGCCGUUAUAUCAUCGAUCCGAAUUUGUUGCGCGUCUACGGUUAUCCCGUUGAGAGCGCCAUACAUGAGGGCUGCAUUGAGAUCUACAAGUGUCUACCACGCCCUUCUGGUGUACACACACAUCACACGUCCACCAAAACGGAUGUCGUCAAUACAGUCGAUGGACUGCAAGUGCACUACACGUCGACCAGCAGCAGCACAACGACCACCGCCAGUUUUAAAACACAAUGGACACUCGGCGGUGAUAAUUCAACAGAUUCGGGUCAAGGUUCAGGCGACUCCAGCCCACCCUCAAUGGACUCGGAUUCGAGCGAAGCCGGUGAGGAUGAACCCGCCACCACGACAGCAUGCUUCACACCCGACGGCAGCUAUCAGAUAUUCUCACAGUACGACCAGUCGUUGGAGAAGCAGUGUGUACGUUGUAUGCGCACCUUCCACGUCACCGAGACCGGUGAGUACCUCAGUUACGAGAGCUGCACUUUCCACUGGGGUAAACUGUAUAAUCUGUACACGGGCAGCAAGGGUUAUACCACACAAUACACCUGCUGUUCAGGCACUAAAGAUACAGAGGGUUGUUCACGCAAUCCGUUGCAUGUUUGGACCGGCGCUGUGGUCGGCAUUAAUGGACCCUACACCGAUUUCGUGCAUACACGUGCACGUUGCGAUGACAAACCGACGAAAGUGUAUGCGCUCGACUGCGAGAUGUCCUUCACCGGCCGCGGACUCGAAGUGACCAAGGUGACGGUCGUGGGUUACGAUGGUCAGCUCGUCUAUGAGCAUUUCGUGCGACCCGAAGUCGAAAUUGUCGACUAUAAUACACGUUUCUCGGGCAUUACCGAGAAAGAUCUCUGCGCACACUCGAAUAAGAGCGUGAAGACGCUCGCGGAAGUGCAGCGCGAUCUGCUGCAACUGAUCGACGCCGAUACUAUACUGAUCGGUCACGGGUUGGACAAUGAUUUGCGUGUGCUGCGAAUAGUACAUAAGUGCAUUAUCGACACAUCGAUCGCAUUCCCACACUCGAGUGGUUUCCCCUAUCGGCGCGCGCUCAAGAACCUGACCAAGGCGUGUCUCAAUCGCGACAUACAGUGUGGCGAUGCGGGGCACAGCAGCUUCGAGGACUCACGCGCCUGCCUGGAGUUGAUGUUGUGGAAAGUACGCAAGGAGAUGCGACCGACGGCGUAUUGAGCGAGUGGAUUUGGAGUGUGUAUGUUUGAGAGGGGGUUCAAGUGAAACAGUGGGCUGUUUCACUGUUUUUGUGUGUCUGAGUUUAAGUGAGUGUCUGUGUUUUUAUAUACAUACAUAUACAUAUUGUAUAUUGUGUUCGUGUGCGUAUAUAUAUUGUAACUGGUUAAAUACUUGUAAAUGAAAAUGUUGUUGUUUUAUUUUUUUUUUUUUGUAAUUUACAAGCUCUGUUUCAUUUCUUACUAAUUAAUCAGGCAUACGCAAAACACACAAACAUACAUACAAUUAUAUAUAGUAUAUAGAGUAUAUAGCGUAUAUGUUGUAAAGUUUAAAGUUGAGUAUCAACUUGCUGGCGCUGUCCAAACGCCGUGACUCGCGUCAAUUAUGUAAUUCAAAACCGUACCAGAAGAAAGUGGGAAAUCUCUUAACUAUUAUUCAAAAGCUGCUUGAUGUUCACAUUACAAAAAAUGGAGCGGAAUUAUUUAAAAAAUGUACUGAUUUAUUGCUGUGAUUUUUUGCACUAGCGCGCGCUGUUCUCAUUUAUAUUUUUCAGUUCACCACCUACGUAAAUUCAAUGGAAUCAUGAUGAGUGAAAUCGAAAAAUGUUUUUUUUUUUUUUUAACAAGAAAAAGAUUUGUUAAAUACACGAAAAAUAGACAAAAUGAGUGAAAUGGAUUUUUUUUUUCAAAAAUCUAAUUUUCAAAUAAUUUUUAAAUUAUAAUUUUUUUUUAAUACUAAUUUUUUUUGUUUAAUUUUAAAAAUAUUUUUUAUUUUAAAUGUUUAAAUUUUUAUUUUUACAAAAAAUUUUAAUUAUUAUUUUUCAAAAAGUUUUGAAAUAAUUUUUUUUUCGAAAUUUUUAAAAUUACAAUUAUUUUUUCCUUCAAAUAUUUUGAAUUUAAUUUUAUUUAAAAAAAAAUCAAGUUUGAAUAUUUUUUUAAUUUGAAAAUUGUAAUUUUUUUUAUUUAUUUGCUUUUCAAAAAUGUUUGAAAACUAAUUUCCAAUUUUUUUAAAUAUGUUUUUUUUUUCAAAAUUGCUUUCCAUCUUUGUUUUAUUUGUUUCUUAAAUUUUUAUUUAUUUUUUUUCAAAACUUUUUCAACAUUUUUUCCAAAUUUUUUUAAAAAUUUUUUAAAAUUUUUUCAAAACUAAUUUUAAUUUUUUUUAUAUUCUUUUGAAAAAUUUGUUUUUUUCUUAUAAAAAAAUUGUCUAAAAUUGUCUAAAAUUUUUUGUAAAAUUUCACUCCAAUUUUGCCAAACUCUAGUUUUCGUUCGAAAUACAUUUUCAAACCAAUAUUUGUAAAUACAAAUGUUCAAUAGGCAUAUAAAAAAUAUCGAUUUGCAACCACAUUCAUAAGGAAACAUACGAAUAUUAUUUUAUGUAUUUGCAUUUCAUAACAUUUUUUUUACACAAAACGUACAUACAAACAUACAUACAUACAUGUAAGAGCUACGCUAGAGAGUGUAGUUCAAAUUUUACAUUGUUAAUGUUAAUUUUUAACAUUGUUAAAAUACCUACAUACAUACGAUUUAACAUUUGCAACUUUUUAGUUCAUUAAUUUACAAUUCAUUUUGCAUAAUAACAUGUUAUUUUUUUUAUUUAUUGACGAUUACAUCAUUCAUUUACGAUUAGACAAAAAUAUUAAAAAAUUACAAAAUAAAAACAAAAAAAAAUUAUUUUAAUACAAAAUAAUAAUUUCGCUAAGAAAAAAAUAAAAUUAAAUAUAAAACACAAGUAAUGUCCAAAAAACUAAAAACAUACCUAAAAGCACAAAAAAAAUAUAUUUUUUUUAAAUCGUUUGUAAGGUGGUAACACAUUUGUUGACCUCCCACCAUUUUCAUGCAAAAUUAGUUUAGUAAUUUUUUUUAAUACUAGCUGUAAGUUUACUACGUUAGCAAGCAUAUAUACAUAUAUAAAUAUAUAUAUCAUUUUGUAAAAGAAAAGCAAGAAAUAUAAGUUGUAAUUUUUUUGUAGCGUUAUUGCGAGAAAUAUUGUUUUUUUUUUUAAUAUUAAACAUUUUGCAUACAAAGGCAGGCUGUAGGCCAAAAAAGAAGAGUUGGUAAAAGAAAGCAGUAAAAAAAUAGAAAUAUUUUUUACAACAAUGUUGCGCUGUUUAUAAUAAAUAAAAUUAUACAAACAAACAUACAUAAAUAUGCAAGAAGCAUAAAGUAUGAAAAAGCAAAGUAAGAAAAAAAAUAAAAAUAUGUAUUUGUAAAGCGAAAAAAAAAAUUGUAAAAAGAUGUUCCUAGUUUUUAAAAAUGAUUAAAACUACAUAUACAUACACAUAGUAUAUACAAGCAAACAUACAUACAUAUGUAGCACAAGCUGAGCAUAUAAAGGUUGUUAAAUUUUCUUGAAGAAAAAAAAAAAAACAAGAAAAACGCAAAAGCAAAAGCAAAACUUAACUUAACAAAAAGCAAAUGUCAAGCAAAGCAAUGUUGUUAUUGCUGUUUUUAUGUAUUGUAAGUUUUUCUUCUUCUCUUUACAUUUACUUUAUUAUGUUUAACAAUAACUCGAUUUUCACACCUUUGUAUGGCGCACAUUUUCACUAGUGUCUGCUUUACUAUUAAGUAAAAGUAAACAACAACAACAACAAAAUGUAAAAAACAAACACACAAAAUAUAUAUACAACAAAUCAAUUAUCAGCAAAACUUAAGCCUUGAAAAGCAAAAUGGCAACAAAAUGCAAAAUGCAAAAACAAAACAAAACAAAAAACAAA